AUGAUUUCUGUAUUAUCGUCGCUUGGGUACGUAACCGACUCAUCCCAUGGGCACGGAACUCUGUUGAACAGCAUGCCCAUGCAGAUAUUUGCGGUGAUAACGCAGACUCUGAUUUUGUAUGGCUAUAAUUAUGGGAUUGGAGUCCAUAUUUGGGACUUGACUCUCCAGAAGUUCAAUAAUUGGCAGAAGGUUGUCCUUGCCGCUGCAAUCAUCUAUAUCCCAGCUCUUGCGUUUGCCAAACUAGCCAUAAUCAUGCUUUAUUACCGACUCUUGAACCCCCUCCGGCCCUACCGGCGCCUUCUUUGGUUUAUCGCUAUAAUCAUUACCAGUUAUAGCGUAGCACUCAUGCUUGCCCUAGUGUUCGCCUGUCAUCCGAUCGAACGGGCGUGGAAUGCUGCUAUUAGCACUGGUUCUUGCAUUGAUCGACCUGCCGUGUAUCUGGCUACAGCCAUCACCAACACGGUCAGCGAUGUUGUCUUGCUUGUAGUUCCGAUUCCAGCAGUGGUCCGACUGCAUCUACGAAUGAUUCAGAAGAUUGGAGUGAUCUGUAUUUUUGGAGUUGGUUGUUUGACCAUCGUCACAAGUGUCCUUCGUUUAGCCACACUAUGGCCUCUUGUUACCGGACCUGACCCGACUUACAAACUCGGACUAGCAUCUAUUUUUAUCAACAUUGAAGCAAACUUUAUUAUUAUCUGCGGUUGUCUUCCAUAUCUUCGCCAGUUCCUGCGCCACCAUGCUCCCGAGUGCAUCAGGAGCAACCGGAGGCGGUGCUCGAGAGAAUUUUUUUCGGAUGAAUCACACCCAAUUAGACAACAGACAGCGGCCCCAAUGCGAUUGCAGGAUGAUAUUGAGAGUAUAAUUAGAGAGGCGUUUGGGAAUCUCUUCCUUUUGAAUCAUCUGUUAUACUUCUUCCCCAUCCUUUGCCCCCUUCUGAAUAACAUACCGCCCAAGAUAAUGCAGCUUAUCGAUCCCAAAUCUUCAGUCAUGGCGGCUCUGCAUUCGAGAAUAACCCAGCAGUCUAGGGAGACUCUGCAAAAGAAGGGAGACGUGGCUCGGGAGAACCGCGAAACCGUAUUCGACGCCCUCCUGGAUCCCAAUCUGCCGCCCAGCGAGAAGACCCUCGCCCGCCUCAGCGAAGAGGGUUUGAUUAUCCUCAGUGCUGGGUCUGAGACUACGGCCAAUACCAUGGCACUGGCUCUGUAUCAUCUCACAAAUAACCCGGACGUCCUGGACGAGCUGCGGACCGAACUGAAAACUGUUAUGCCUGCCUCUGACACCCCGGUCAAGUGGUCGGAACUGGAGCAGUUACCCUACUUGACAGCCGUAAUUAAUGAGAGCCUACGCAUCGCCAUUGAUGGAUCCUGGAGGCUUCCGCGAGUCUCGCCAAACUCGCCGGUCGUGUAUGGUAACCCGCGAGCCUAUCUGUCUUGA